CUCAGAGGGAUCCCUUUCAAUUGUCCUUUUACCCGCACGUACGAGUCACGUGAUUAAAGUUUUGGUAUAAAGCAAGACGCGGAGGAAGGACCAGCAACGCGUCGCAGACAUGAUGGAGAAGUCCUUCAGCUUUGCUGUGGUGGUUGUGGGAGCGUCUUUGCUCCUCUCCUGUCAGUCCACGCAGGCUUGGUACAAGCAGUCCACCGGACCCACCUACUACUCCGUGGGGCGCGCCUCCGGUCUGCUCUCCGGCAUCAGGAGGUCGCCUUACGUGCGCAGGUCCGAGUCCCAAGAGACGUUGAUGGACGGCGAGGACACGAGCAGACAAAUCUCCUUGCUCAAACGAAUGGCUAUUUGCGUGAAGGACAUCUCUCCGAACCUGAAGAGCUGCGAGCUUCUGCAGGACGGAACCGGAACCUUCCAGUGCAAGGCGGACGUCUUCCUGACCUUGGACUCACUGGACUGUUUGUCCACUUGAGUCCAACUGCAGCUUUGUAGACUCUUGGAUGUUUUCUUAUUGGUAUUAUUAUUUUUUUUAUUAUGUUAAUUAUCAUUAUUAUUAUUGUCAAUUGUUUUCUUCUAAAGAUGACGUCACAGACACUUUGCUGAACUGUACUCAAACCUGCCUUUCCUUCCUGUAAAUGAUUAUUAUUUUUUAUCUAUUGAAACAUUUGAUGUGUGAAUAUGUUUUUAAAUAUUCAACUGCAUGAUUCCUGCCUCUUAUAAGAUGUCUGUCAAUAAAUUAAUUAUCUUUGAAAAGUU